AUGUACAAGCUCUACAAUGCAUCGACAGCCGCCACGUCCGUUCUGCCCACCUACGCCCGCCGCGCCAUCUUGAGCGAGCUCACGUCGAUCGAGUACGCCGUGCCACAGCUCCGGACCGUGUCCGGGUCCUGGUCGAUGCGCAUCAACGUGCAGCACUGCUGGGUCGACUUUAACAAAUCGUUUGAGGUUGCCCACACAACCACUCGUCAGGAGCGCUGCGAACGGUCCUUUGCGACCAACGGCGCCGUCUACAUGGAAGCCAUUUUGCGCAACGUGGUCUGGGCCGACUUUAUUUCGAUUUGGGGCGGCGACGACGCGCCGUUUACGGUCGCCGUGCAACGAGCCCUGGAAGAAACCGCGACAGGACAAGCCUUUUUGAGUCAUGUCUCGCAAGCCCGCAAUACGACAACAAUCAGUGACGAGCUUCUUUACUGGCGCCAGUACAACUUGGAUCGGUUCCAGCUGCAGUGGCAGAACCGGUGGCAAGUAGGCAUCACGGAAAGCAUCCUCCUGGAGAAUGCAAUCGGCAUGCAGCAGCUUGUGACGAUUAAGAACCUCCCGCGGCUCACAGGACCCUGGACAUCCCUUCGUCUCUUUUGGAUACCUCUCAACGACCUCUGGAACCUCCACGACAUGAACCGAAGCCUCGUGCGCGGGUCGUCGCGCGAUUUCCGCGCCAAUGUUUCGGCCGCGCUCCCCGCCAUGGACCUCGAAGUGUACAUUGGGGAAACGUCGGUCUCGGGGCAGUUCUUCAACCAAGCCGCGCUCUUUCGAAGUACCGUGGGUCCGUUUGAAAGCAUCGAUCUUGUCUACUUUGCUGGAACGACCUCUUGA